UAGGGCAAUGAUAGUCAAAUAGAGGCUGAGUUCUGAUAAGAAAAAGAAACGACAAUGGAGGGAAGCAACGAGCAAGAUAAGGCAAAGAAAGGGUUAGAAGGCACUGCCAUAGAUUUACCUACUAACCGCCGUGUCAACCUGAAAAGCGCUACCAGCGACGACGACUUCACCAACAUUCUUGCACACAUCAAAUCCUCCAAAACCCCCGCUGUCAUCAAAUAUGGCGCUCCUUGGUGUCCCGUUUGUAUCCAAAUUCUCCCAGCAUUCUGUAGACUGAGCAAUAAUUUUCCAAAGCUUACCUUUGUAUACACAGACAUCGAUGAAUGCCCAGAAACAACUCAACACAUUCGGUACACUCCCACCUUCCAAUUUUACCGGAAUGGUGAAAAGGUAGAUGAGAUGUAUGGUGCUGGUGGGGAAGAGAGGCUCCAUGAUCGUCUGUGGUUGCACUCUUAAGUCCAUGUAAGAGAAACAUUAUGUUUGCAAUUUCUCUAUGUAAGUAGCAUAGUCAAUCAUGAACAAUUUCGUGAAUGGUAGUACAAAACCUAAUUAUUCCAUGUCUCUAUAAGAAAUUGUCUUUUAUGUGGUAAA